AUGCGUACCGCUGCCGUCAUCACUCUUCUGGCCUCCGUGGUCUCUGCAACUCCCUUCGGCCAACGCUCUCAGGUUCUCCCCAGAGCAAGCGAGACUUGCCCCGUCGUCUUCGAUGGCCGAGUCCCUGCCAACGCCUCUCUGACCGACUUUGACACGGCGAAUGGCGGCGGCUGGAACCCUUACAACCCGGGCUUCGUCAAGGGAAACAACAUCUCCUGGUCCGAGAUUCUUAAGCUCCCCAAGACCAAGACUAAGUCGCGCUUUGAUACCGAGGCUGGUACCAUCCCUCUCGAGGUCACUAUCAGCGACAAGAGUAUCUUCAUGAAGCAGCUUGGCUUCAGACGUGCUGGUCUGCAGUUCAACAAGGAUAGCAACGAGGGCAGCCCUGGAUCCAAGGGUGUCAAGACUCUGCACUUUAGCAUCCAGCAAGAUGACAAGCGCCCUCUCAACCUGAGCCAUGAGUACCUGAACGUUUGGCAUGAGAAGGCCGAUUUCUCCGGCAACCAGUUCCAGUUCCAGGCUGGUCAACUCAUCGGGCAGAACGGUACCGCUGCUACCUGGAAGCUUCUCGACCAGGACUUCAAGCUUCUCUGGGAGACUCCUAUGCUCAAGAAGGUGUGGCAGAACUUUGCCAUCACUCUCAACUACGAGAAGAACACCAUCCAAGCCUACUACUCCAAGGGAUGCAAGCCUCUCAAGGCCGCCACUCAGCCCAUCGCCCGCAACUUGACCGGCCAGGGACAGUUCCAGAUUGGUAUCCUCAAGAAGCCUACUGGCACCGAUGAUGUUGCCAACUCUGGAUUCCAGGAGGCCAACUUAAACGAGGGACUUAUUUACGGUGGUAUCUUCCUUGAGGACAGCGCGGAUGGAUGUGUCUCUCUCUAA